AUGAAUUUAGUUUCAACUGUCAUCUCCAUUGCUCUCGCCCUGUCGAUUGCUCUAGCCAUCCUAUCCUUUUGACUCCCUCUGAUAAACCCAGACCAUGAAAAACUGUCCCCCUACGAAUGCGGCUUUGACCCCUUAGGAACAGCCCGACUGCCAUUCUCCUUACGAUUCUUCCUCGUCGCUAUCUUGUUCCUUCUAUUUGAUUUAGAGAUUGCCCUCUUACUACCUCUCCCUUGAGGAGACCAGCUAACAACCCCCACACUCACCUUUUUAUGAGCCUCCAUCGUCCUAGCCCUCCUCACCCUAGGUCUCAUCUACGAAUGACUUCAAGGAGGAUUAGAUUGAGCCGAAU